UUAUUGUAUUUUUCAGAUUUUCUAGUACUUCUUGAUGUUCAGAAAUCAUAUCAAGAAAGACAAAAAUGCAAUGGAGUUAUUUCUGUCUGUUUACAAAAUACUGAUAAUCGUUCACAACUUUACAUCAGUAAUAAAUCGAAUGAUACAACUGUGAAAAGUCAGCGUAGAAAGGCGACUUCUCGUAUUCACAAAAAGAAUCGAAGAAAGCAUUUUCAAAGGAAAAUUCAUAGGCACAGUACCAGAGUUUUAUCUUUAAAACCUGCUAGUAUCUUGUUACCUCCUUAUGAAAAUGAUUUUCAAGACAGAAAUGUUAGUACUUUAAAUCCAUUCAUUAUAAAUGUUUUAGCUAAUUCAAGAACUUCAUCUUCAGUGAAAAAGUUAGAAUUUUUCCCUGUUCUAUCCGAUCAAGAAAGUAAUCAUUCAAAUAAACCAUUUCUAAAUACUAUUUCAACUCCUGAAUUAGAAAGUAAUUCGACAAGUGUACAAAAUUCUAAAAUAACGACGACCACUGAACAUUUUAAAACUCCCAUCAUUGUCCCUCCUUCAGGUCCUAUUAGUUCUAAUCUUGAAAAUGAGCCAACACCAGCUAAUUUUGAACAUUCAGAUGCUGAAGUGAGAAGGGUACGACCUACGCAGGUUAAAACAACAAAUUUACCUCCUCCACCUAAUCUAUUCUUGCUUCCUCCUUUUCUAGAGUUCGAAAAUAAUGUUAUAGACACACAGAUUUUAGAAAACCCUAACGACUUACAAUUACCUAGUCGAUCUACUGAUUACUUUGAAACCAGUAGUUCAUUCUCUAACAAUCGACAGAUUGCAACAGAAAGUUCUUCUACUACCUUGUCGGUAGAAGAAGCAGUGAACAAAGAACCAAACCCAACUCCUCCAUAUGACAGUCAUAUUCCUAAAAUAAAAACUUCAGAUCAAUCUAUUUCUGAUGAUUUAAACAAAACAAAAGAAAUCGAAGAGGGAAACUCAUACGGUAAUUUUAAUAAUACUUUGCUUGCUCCGGAAGUAGCUUCACUAGGAAUGAAAAUUUUAACAUCCAAGAAAGGAUUGGAAAUGGUUAAGGAAUUAGCCACAACCAACGAACCAAAAUCUAAGAACCAGCAACAGUAUGAUGACUCUCAAAGUCUCUUAGAAACAGCCGAGAGCGGUGAUAUUAGAUUGCAUACCUACAAUCAAAUUGUAAAUAUUGAAGAAGUUAAGGAUGUGUCCAAGAAUAUGUAUAAAGCAUUAAAAAAGCCUCAGAGGAAUUUUCAAUUGUGCGGUUCAAACCAAGGUUAUGUUGCUGAUAUAUCAUCAGGUUGUCAGGUUUUCUAUAUUUGUCUUGGAAGUGGUGCUGGAGAACCUAUGAUGUGUCCAAAUGGUACUCUUUUCAACCAGGAAGUUCUCGUUUGUGACUGGUGGUAUAAUGUUGAGUGUAGUGGGUAAUGAUCGACUAGAUCUAUUAAUUAUAAUUGUUCCUCUGAAACGUUGUGCCAGAAAUAUCAAUUACUGUACAGUAUUAGAAAUU